AUGAGCAAAGUUCACCCUCCCAAGUUGAAAAAAUGUAUGGACCAGAAAUUAUCAUUGAAAUUAAAUGGUGACAGACAUGUUCAAGGAAUAUUGCGGGGGUUCAAUCCGUUUAUGAAUCUUGUGAUAGAUGAAUGUGUGGAGAUGGCAACUCAUGGGCAACAGAACAAUACUGGAACUGUGGUAGUACGAGGAGAUCCUAUCAUCAGGUUAGAAGCCUUAGAACGAGUAUAA